AUGUCACUUCCAGACUAUGUCCUCGACGACAAUGCCGUCCUGAAGGACGACAGCGCCAAGUGGCGUCAUGGCAAAGCCCCUGAUUAUAGCAAGACGAGGCAGAUCUGGAGAGACUCCAAGAAGAUGAACCACGAGGCCCAAUCGCUGCCGGACCUGGUGGAGAAGCUGGUGAAGAACUGGGAGGUGGAGGCGUCGUUCAAGACGGACCUGGCGGACUGGCGGACGAUCGACCGGAGCAAGUACACGUUCUCGGUCAACGGGGGGCCGGCGCAGACGGGCGAGCACAUGCUCAAGGUGGGCACGUACAACGCCAUCAUCGAGGCCAACGAGCACUACUGCCCCGUGCGCAACGACUUCGACGCCUCGCACAAGAUCUUCAAGCGCAUGAUGCCCACGUUCGCCUGGGAGGUCCUCGAGGUCUACUCGGGCCCGCCCACCGUCAGCUUCAAGUGGCGCCACUGGGGCGAGAUGAAGGCCGAUUACAGCGGGUUCAACGACAAGGGCGAAAAAGUGAGCCUCAAGGCGCACGGCGGCUCGAUCGACAUCGAGGGCCUCGCCGUCGCCAAGGUGAACGAAAAGCUGCAGAUCGAGUCGGUCGAGGUCUGGUUCGACCCCAUGGCCAUGUUCCGGCAGAUGCGGCCCAAGGGCGAGGAGGGCGACCCGGCCUCGACCGAGAAGGUCAUCGACGCCGAGACGCACGUCGUCGACGUCGAGGUCACGCGUCCCCAGGACGCCUAG